CAGGCGGGAGGCGGUAGCGGUUGGAGGUUUUUACGGGCUUUGCAGCGGGGACUUCGGCAGCGGCGCCUCAGGCACCUCAGCCCUGACACGAUGAGGCGAGUGGUACGACAGAGCAAGUUUCGCCACGUAUUUGGACAAGCGGUGAAAAAUGACCAGUGUUACGACGAUAUUCGGGUUUCUCGAGUGACCUGGGAUAGUUCCUUUUGUGCUGUCAAUCCCAGAUUCGUUGCCAUAAUCAUAGAAGCGAGUGGGGGAGGAGCAUUCCUUGUACUCCCUUUGCACAAGACUGGUCGAAUUGACAAAUCCUACCCCACAGUGUGUGGUCACACAGGACCAGUGCUGGACAUAGACUGGUGCCCACAUAAUGAUCAGGUCAUUGCCAGCGGCUCAGAGGACUGCACGGUUAUGGUAUGGCAGAUCCCAGAAAAUGGACUCACCCUUUCCCUGACUGAGCCCGUGGUCAUUUUAGAAGGCCACUCAAAGAGAGUCGGCAUCGUGGCCUGGCACCCGACAGCCCGCAACGUGCUUCUCAGUGCAGGCUGUGAUAACACCAUCAUCAUCUGGAACGUGGGGACGGGGGAAGCCCUUUUAAACCUGGGCGAUAUACAUUCGGACAUGAUUUACAACGUGAGCUGGAACCGGAACGGCAGUUUGAUCUGCACAGCCUCCAAAGAUAAGAAAGUGAGAGUAAUCGACCCUAGGAAACAGGAGAUUGUUGCUGAGAAGGAGAAAGCACAUGAAGGAGCCCGACCCAUGAGGGCCAUCUUUCUGGCUGACGGCAACGUCUUUACCACUGGUUUCAGCCGCAUGAGCGAGCGGCAGCUGGCCCUCUGGAACCCGAAAAAUAUGGAGGAACCAAUUGCUCUUCAUGAAAUGGACACUAGCAAUGGGGUGUUGCUACCUUUCUAUGACCCCGACACCAGUAUCAUUUACUUAUGUGGAAAGGGUGACAGCAGUAUCCGCUAUUUUGAGAUCACAGACGAAUCCCCAUAUGUCCACUACCUCAACACAUUCAGCAGCAAGGAGCCUCAGAGGGGGAUGGGUUACAUGCCCAAGAGGGGCCUCGAUGUCAACAAAUGUGAGAUUGCCAGAUUCUUCAAACUUCACGAGAGAAAGUGUGAGCCUAUUAUCAUGACUGUCCCCAGGAAGUCUGACCUUUUCCAGGAUGACCUGUACCCUGACACGGCGGGGCCUGAAGCGGCGCUGGAGGCGGAAGAGUGGUUCGAGGGGAGGAAUGCAGAUCCACUCCUCAUCUCCCUGAAGCACGGAUACAUUCCCGGCAAAAACAGGGACCUCAAGGUGGUCAAGAAGAACAUUCUGGACAGCAAGCCCACGACAAACAAGAAGUGCGACCUGAUCAGCGUCCCCAAGAAGACCGCAGACACGGCCAGCGUGCAAAAUGAAGCCAAAUUGGAUGAGAUUUUGAAAGAGAUCAAAUCUAUAAAAGACACAAUCUGCAAUCAAGAUGAGCGUAUUUCCAAGUUAGAACAGCAGAUGGCAAAGAUAGCAGCCUGAAGGUCCACCCCCCACCCCGCAGACGGAGCAGGAACGCGCGCUCGUGGCUGGUAGUUGGUGUGGUCCCAGGGAGGGCGAAAGGGAGGCACUGCCACUUGGAGACAUUUCAGAUCUGUCGACCAGCGAUAGGCCACAUUCCAGUAAGGACUCAACUCGUCUCCCAAAUUUGCAGAAACAAAAUGUGGUUUAAAAGCUGAGCUUUUUACCAGAAAGCUUUUUUUGAUGUUUUAAGUGUUUAUGUGACUUGUGAACUUCUAAAAGACAAAAGUGCUACUUUGAUAAUCCCAGAUAUUCUGAAUUUUAGAAAACCAACCAAUUCUGAUUCAGUGUCCUGCCCAAGUACCUUUGUUUUUUUGUUUUUUUUUUGUUUUUUUUUUUUACAAACAGGGACCAAUGCCACAUUGCUUUUUAUAUUUCUUUUUUUUUUUUUAAUGUUGCCAAAACCAAAAGUAGCUUUUUUUUCUUUGUAUUUUGCUACUUUGCAGUAUUUGUGUGUGGGGUUUUUUUUUUCUCCUUAAUUUGAAAGGGACAGCACUGUGUAUGUUUAUAAACUAAAUGGAGAUAUUAUUUUGUAUAAACAUUCAUCUGAGAACAAUCAGAGCAGUAGCCACACUGUGCUGGCUUCUUUGCAGCACAAACCUGGUCAUCUUAAUGACUGUACAAAAGGAAGACUUGAAAAAUCAUGUGGAUUCAUAUUCCCACCCCUCCCUUUCCAUUGAGUCUUCUGAUCAAAAAAAAGCUCAUAUCGAAUCGUUUCCUUUCUCUUUUCUAGAAAUUGGGUGGUUGUACCAGAAUGGAACUUUGCUUCUUGGUUAUCCUGUGCUUCAGAUGAUUAUAAUCGAACCUAAACUA